CACGGCAUAGAGAUUGACUCCCCCCCCCCUUGAGACUUCCAUUGAGGAAAACGGAAGAGAAGAAGGAAGAAGCAGGCACCCCCCCUCCCCACUACGAUACGAGAGAAGGAAACAGCCAAAGCUUGAGCAGGAGAAAAGUGCUGCUAGCAAGUCAUGAUGGUUGAAUCAGCCUCAGAGACCAUACGUUCUACUCCCUCCGGUCAAAAUGGUGUCAGCAGCCUAAACAAUCCAAAUGAUGGAGGAGGAGGAGGUGGCGGUGGUGGUGGAGGAGGAUGUGGAAGAGAGGGAGGAGCCAGUGGAGAAACCAAUGGAGAAAUGAGCCCAGUAGAACUCCUCCAUUUUCAGCAGCAGCAGGCUCUUCAAGUGGCAAGGCAAUUCCUUCUGCAGCAGGCAACGGGGCUGACUUCUCCUACCAGCAAUGAAAAUAAGCAGCCGGCUGUUCAGGUUCCAGUGUCUGUGGCUAUGAUGUCUCCUCAGAUGAUCACACCACAGCAGAUGCAACAGAUUCUGUCUCCACCCCAGCUUCAAGCCCUGCUGCAGCAGCAACAAGCAAUUAUGCUGCAACAGCUUCAGGAAUACUACAAGAAGCAACAGGAACAGCUUCACCUACAGCUUCUGACUCAGCAACAAGCUGGAAAGCAGCAAGCCAAAGAGCCAUUAGGGAAUAAGCAGCUGGCAUUCCAACAACAGCUCCUGCAGAUGCAGCAGCUGCAGCAGCAGCACCUGUUAAACCUCCAGCGACAAGGGUUGGUCAGUUUACAGCCAGGACAAGGCACCGUUCCUCUGCAGACCCUGCCACAAGCUGUAUGUCCCUCAGACCUUCAGCAGCUGUGGAAAGAGGUUACUGCUACUCAACCUGUAGAAGAAAGCAUCAAGCAAGAGGGACUUGACCUCAGCACCAACACCUCAAAUUCUACCUCGUUUUCGGCUGCCAAGGUCUCGCCUCCAAUUUCCCAUCACCCUCUCCCCAAUGGACAGAACGCCAUGCUCGCACAAAGGAGGGACAGCUCUUCUCAUGAGGAGACUCCUGGCUCACAUCCCCUGUAUGGACAUGGGGAGUGCAAAUGGCCUGGAUGUGAAACCCUCUGCGAGGACUUGGGACAGUUUAUCAAACACCUCAACACAGAACAUGCACUUGAUGACCGGAGUACGGCUCAGUGUCGAGUUCAAAUGCAAGUGGUACAGCAGCUGGAAAUACAGCUAGCUAAAGAAAGUGAACGUCUCCAGGCAAUGAUGGCCCAUCUGCAUAUGAGACCUUCAGAGCCAAAACCCUUCAGUCAGCCUCUGAAUCUGGUUUCCAGCGCUACAAUGUCCAAAAGCACUUCUGAUACCUUUCCUGAUGGAUUACCUCAUCCCCCCACCUCUGCAACUGCACCCAUUACUCCAUUGCGACAGGGUCCUUCUGUUAUCAGCUCCUCCACUUUACAUAAUGUAGGGCCUAUUCGCAGGAGAAACUCUGAGAAGUUCUGCACACCAAUUUCCUCAGAACUUGCACAGAAUCAUGAAUUUUACAAAAAUGCAGAUGUCCGCCCUCCCUUCACAUAUGCCUCACUUAUCAGACAGGCUAUCCUUGAGACACCUGACAGGCAGCUAACAUUGAAUGAAAUCUACAAUUGGUUCACACGGAUGUUUGCCUACUUCAGGAGAAAUACAGCUACAUGGAAGAAUGCUGUACGCCACAACCUGAGCCUGCAUAAGUGCUUUGUGCGUGUGGAAAAUGUCAAGGGAGCAGUGUGGACAGUAGAUGAACAUGAGUACCAAAAGAGAAGGCCACCAAAGAUGACCGGGAGUCCAACUUUAGUGAAAAACAUGAUUUCUGGCCUUAGUUAUGGAGCACUUAAUGCCAGCUACCAGGCAGCUCUGGCUGAGAGCAACUUUCCUCUUCUGAAUAGUCCCACCAUGAUCAACACAAGCUCAACUAGUGGCAUGCUGCACAUAGGCCAUGAUGAUGUGAGCAGCACUGUAGAACAAGUCAACAGCAACGGCAGCAAUAGCCCCCGGCUUUCACCACAGCAGUACAACCAUCAAGUUCAUGUGAAGGAAGAACCAGCUGAGACAGAAGAUGACAGCAGACCUGUUUCUCUCAUGGCAACUACCAAUCAGAAUGUGACGAUUCCUGAUGACAGAGACCUAGAGGAGGAACUGCCAGUGGAAGACUUGUCUUAAGGGUCCUGCAUCUUCAUAUAGGGCCCAUCAUUUCCCAGAGACAAAGCAAUGGCUCCCACCUUCUCAAGGUGACCUUCAGCAUUACUUAGUUAAGGCACUUCUACAAAGCAAAAGGCUUUCCAUGAGCCUACCCACUGCUGAAGGCACACACUUUUUCCCCCUUUUUACAUCCCAAUGACUCUUAAAAGACAUUCACAGAGGGGAUGUGAAAACAAAAACAAAAAACGGAGUUGAGCUUUUUCCUUUUCUUAUUUUUUUUUUAAAUUUUGUAAUUGGUAAACGAGGAUGGUAGGUUGUUUCUGUCCGAAGACUUCUUUGCUGCCUCCCCUCCCCAUACCCCCAUCUCAUGGGGAUAAAAAAACAAGCUGUCUUGUAUUGUCUGCUCUGUGUUUUGUCAUUUUCAACCCAUAUGCCUGGUUUCCACAAAUCAAGAUUUUGGAAGCAUCCAGUACAUUAAGGGGCAAUAUCAAAGCCAAAGGCUUCAGUGAAUGUCCCUUAUUUUCCCAUGGAAAUUUUCAUUAGUUUGCCAGUAAUCCCACUGAGAACUUUGCACUAGGAGGAAUCUAUUCUCACUUUUUCUUACUUUCACACAUGCACUGUCCCCAUUUCUCACACACAUACAUCCUUGCCACUGUAACACCACUUCAGAGUACUGGAAUAGCAAUGGAAGCAAGACCUCUGCCAAGGUCCUAAUGUUGCAAUUUAUGUUCAUUUUCUGACUGGGCAAAAAAAUGAAAAACUGACUUUACUUUAUUAAAUACAUUAUAGGAUAGCAAGGGGUUACUGCCACACAUAAAACCACUUGGUUAUUCUUUUUUCCAUCCUGUGUUUGCGUCUUUCCAAAUUCAAGAAGCAUUCUUCUAUCACCAGUCAUGAUUGACAGCCAGUCUUCAACUCACAAAGCUUUAUUCUGCACAAAAUCCAGGAAUGAAUGUCCAUUCCCUGCCAUCACAUAAUUUUAAAUAACUUUCAGAAACCUUUACUGUAUAUGGGCAGCCAGCAGCCAAGAUAAUGGGGCCCAGCUUGAGACAAAAUCAGGGAGAGACUUCUGCAAGAUGAAUCUUUUGCUUGCUUCUAUCAGCUGCCAUCCUGUUUUUUCCAUUCCAGCAAAUACUGAAGCCAGAAAGCAUGACUCCUUGAUCGUUUAUCAAUGGGAAGUUUUAACAGAUGUAAAUACAGCUGAUUUGGCAAAGCCACCAACAUCUCAAGCAUUUGGGAUAGGAAAGGGGGGGUUAAGCUGAAAUUUAUGGCUGUAGAGAACAGACCAAAACUGGGUUGACCAAACAGAAUUCAAAGCAAUAUACCUGUAUAAAUGUAAAAUAAGUAAUUCUCCACCUUUGUGACCAACCAGACAAAGCUACAAAGAAGCACAGAGUUUCCUCAAACAUUCUCUAGUAGAAAUAUAUUGUAUCCCACAACUCUUGUGCUACUCAUUAGUUCUUAGCUGUAAGCCAAUGUGGGUGGGUGGGGGGAGAUGCUUCAAAACUAAUAACAAGAAUUAAAUGUGUCAGAUGAAUAGUGUUGACCCAGACUUGUCCCCAUACUUGAUUCUAUCAACUCAUUGUCUGCUGCCUCAUAUCAGAAUUUUUUUAAAAAAAACUAAAGAGCAUUUCGUGUGACAGAAAACAUCAGGUUUCCAAAAGCUACUUUGCUAUUGCCCCCAUGAAAGGACAACCCAAAUGCUUCUCCUUGAUUACUGAGACUUUGACAGUUGCUGAUUGAGAAACUGGUUUGCUUUCUGUGUGAUCAGAAAUCCAAUAUCUCAAGGAAGAUGGAUACUAAUGUUUCUAAGGAAGCCUUUCUACAACAGAUCAACACAUGCUUCCCUUUCCCAUCAGGAAAUCUCUGAAAUAUAUUUUCAGGCCAAAUUGGUAUAUAGGAGUUUCUCCCAUUAUUUUGGAGACAAGCUGAUCCAGGCAAUUUGAUGUUUUCUGAAAAGACAGCUGUUUCUAUUCUAUAUUCUGUAGCCCAUGAAGAAAAUAAAUCAUCAUAGCUAUGUUUGAAUAGUCACAUUGAACAUUGAUAAUUAUGUUAAAUGACCUCCCCAAACUAAGAUAGUCAAGAAUACUUUGUCAGCAUAUUUCUGAUUAAUUUAGGAUUCCUUUCUACUCUUCUGAUUUUCAUCGUUAAAUAAUGCUUUUCCAUUGCUCCAAAUACUAUGCCGCUCAUGGCAGUUGGUAAUAUGUAACAUAAGUGUUUUUGACUUAGGAGGGGAAGGGAGAAGAGGGCUAUUGCAUUUUCCUUAUAUGCAGAAUUGCUCCAUUUGUCUCAAAUACAGUACAUUCUUAGUGCCCUUUUCAGCAGCUGGCUAACUGUGGUAACAGACUGUCUUAAAAAAAAAAUGCUCUUAACUCACAAGAUUAUAAUAAAUCAAGUAGCACUUGAGCCUUUUUACCUACCACAAAAAAGGACAUUAUUUCUGAAUUGCCACAAAUUUCUGUUUGUACAAGAUUGGUAUCAAAUUUCUUAGCCCAAAUCAAAUUCAUUCUCUUUUUUUAAAAAAAGAUGGAGGAUUAUUCUGAGGAUUAUUCUAUCCAAUAACUCUAAAACACUGGGUAAUUUCUAUUUACUCAGUUUUACAAAUAUAUCCAUUUCCUGGAUAGGGCAGGUCAUACUAGCAUUUAAAAAAAGGAAAGGAAUGGUAGCUAGCUGAUCUUGGCCAGUCUCCAUAUUUUUUUCAUGGAUGGAAGCAAAGGCUUGACUUCAAAUCUCAGACUUGGUAAAAUUUGAAAAUGUUGUAUCUAAUUUUUGGCAUUAUCCAUCUAACAAGCAAGUUUAUAUACUUCCUUUCUAAAAUUACCCUAUUCCAAGAUUCUCAAUUUACUAAAUAAUGUGUCAAAAUAAUCCAAACUGAUUUUGAAUCUAGGUAAAAUCAAGAACACCAGCAAUGAAAAAAAAAUCCAUAUCUGAAUUUUGACUGCAAGAAAUUCCACAAUCUUUACUUCAGAAAAUUUGUCAGGAUUUGAUUUCCGGAGCCUACAGUAGAAGGCUCUACCGAACAUGCAUUUUCUCCUACUUUGUUUCCUACUGUUUCUAACAGGCAAGCAAAAUUGUAAAGUUUGUCAUUUAGAUAAAAUUAGCUAAUUGCUCUGAUUUGAAAGGGGCUGUACAAUUAAGGGAACAAAGAGGAACAGCCUCUAAGCUGCAGAAAACUGGAGAUGAUCGUGUUUAUGGGGUGUGAAUCAAAGUACAAUAGCUUGUUUGAACCUCCUUAGAGAACCAUCAACAAGUGGCUUGCUCUUCAAGGAUCACAAAGACAGGCAAUAUAGGAUUGCAGGCAGUAAGAAUACCUCAACACUUUUAUUAUCCAUCUCCUGGCUCCCCGCUUUACUCCAGAAGCAGCUCGAGAAAACCUAUCUAUCCUCCUUUUAUUAAGAACACACCACACCUCAUUUUCUUCCUGGGACCAUAUUUAAAUGUCUCCCUGGUGUCCUCUAUAGAAUGCUUUGCAAUUGGCUUAACCAUUUACCAAAGACCUUGCUUAGACAAGAAGCAUAAACCAAAACACUUAAUAUUUUUGUUUUUGUGGUGCUUUAUUCUGACUUAUCCUAACUUUUGGCAUCAGCCAAAAAGGAAAAAAAAUCGCAAAGAUCCUGCAUCCCCUUAGCCCUUUUGUCACUUUCUUUUGAUUUUAAGUUAUUAUUUAAAUCAAAGUUUACAGGUGCUGUUUUGUACAUUUCUAAUGAAGUUGUAUCGGGAGCAUGGAUUGCUGCUUUGUGUUUGAAGUUUCUUGAACCAAGGGUACGCUGUGAAGCCUAGGGUGGUUUGGCAUUCCAUGGGUCUCUUCUGAACCUACUUCCAUCUUGCUGCUGGUGGUUUCUUUUCUUUUUGUCUUUUUAUAGGUCAGAACUGUCUUUAUUUCAUGUUAACUUUUCAGCUGUUUUUUAUACACAUUGAAAUUUCUCUCUUUUGUUGUUAGCAUUUUUUCUUCUUAAUUUUCAAAGGGUUAAUUGCCCUAACCCCUUCCCCUUCUCUUCCCAAAACUGGUAUUAUCUUUGAAGCACUGUUGGGUAACUUAUGUUUUUGAAAUACAGCAGAUUCCUUGUAACGUCUCAAACUUUGGACUGAUGAUCUACAAAUUGCACUCUGUGAAUUAGAAAAUUCUAAACAUAAAAUAAUGUUGCAGGAGUUGCUGAAGUCACAUCCUGUAAUUGUUUCCCAUAAAUAAAACCUCCUAGUUUAUAGUAAAGUCAUGCAUCAGGAAAACAAAUUAUGCAUAGUUUAUUCCUAAAUGUAUGCAAGUUUUCUUUUCAUUGAUUUUUUUAAACUUUGGGUUGCAUUAAAAAAAACAGAUUCUUGCAGCCUAAAAUGAUAAAUUCUGGAAUGUGUAAUGUUUAGUCUCUGUGCGUGCACUGAGGUGCUUUUUUGAACUUUGUUUGAUAUCACAAUUUGUAGUGCUCCAUUGUGUCAAAUUGCUUUGCAAACAGUUUUAGAACUAAAUGGCUAUACCACGGUGCUGUUGUAUUUUGUCCUUGGCUCCCUUUUCUGUCAAUCCUAGUAUUACAGCUGCAUUAUUAUAAGUUUGAUCUUUUCAAAGUUGCCACCAUCCUGAUUCACUGAUCUCGGUUUUUUGUCUUGCCUGGUCCUGGUACAAUAUCAACCGUUUGUUGGACAUCUGCAGCUGGACCUGAGAUGCCCAGGAUAUACGUUUUCUGCCAGUAUUAAAGUGAUGUUUGUUGGUACUGUAUAGUCAAGAGCUAAACUGUAAUCAUCCUAACAUUGAGAAGAGAUUCGCUUUAGAAAUAUAAGUGUCUCUGUUCAAAUUAAAACUUUUGCCUUGCUGUUUGGGUUUGUUCAUCCUUACCCAUUUAAAAAGAGAGGCACAAGAAAAAGAAAGCAUGAUAGAUACACUGAUGCUAAUAAAUGAAUUACCCAAUGUAAACUGAGAGCUAAUUAGUACUCGAUUAUAGACCUAGGAUGCGCUUCAGAUUUCAAGGAGAAAAGGUGCUUUGGUACAUGUAGGGGAGCUAAAGUAGCAUCUUGUUAAUAUGGCAAAAUAUUUUGAAUUUAAGGCAUUCCAAGCAGGCUAUACACACCCACCCUUACUAGCUUCAAAGCAUAUUUUUACCUUCAAAUCCAAACCAUUGCAAAGCCUAACUUGGCUGUUGUUGCAGUGUUGCACAAUAUGUAUUUAGCAGAUUCCAAAAUUAAAAGUUUUCCAAUACUAUCUCAUUUGGGGUAACAGAAUGGAGAAAGGUCAUCUGGGGCUACAGAACUGAGCAAAAGUUAUUGCCAGACAGAAAGUUAAUCUUUAAGCAUUUUCAACCAUAUACUAGACAGUCAUUGGGCAGAGUUUCCCCCCAAUGCAUAGUCAAGCAAUAUGCUACUCUCGCUGUUCCAAAGAAACAGUCCAAGAAACAAUUGGAUAAUUCUUUGGUGAAUAUCUGUAAUUUAGGUUGACUUUCUGAACCUGGAUGCUGCUCUAGAAGCAUCCCUAACCUCUGUUGUUACUAUACUGGUAGCCUUCCAUAGUUUUUUUUUUCCUUGAGAAUCUUGAAAAAGUUGGGGAUGUUUCCCUUUCAUCCUAUCCAUAAUUCAUUAGGCAUUUACUAUCUCUCAGGGGAAAUGAUUUCAGCCCUUCACUGCUGCACAAAGACAAACAAUGCAGCCUCUAGAAUCCAGUUUUGCCCAAAAUGGAGCAGCUCCAGAAUGUAUUUCGUGGCUAAAAAAAUCCUGCCAGUUUCAGCUCUUUCCUGCCUUCAUGUGACAGUAUUAAUAUAUGUGUGUAUCCUCAGAGGAUAGCUUUAAACCUAGCUCUCACAGGAUCUGUCUAUGCUUAACUAUGUCAGAUCAGCCUACAAGAGGGAAGGAAGUCAUGUGACUAAAUUGUCAUCUCAUAGCAACUUUCUUCCAUGUAGAAUUUUAAAAAAAAUAAUAAAUGGAAAAUUUAGCCACAUGAUCUGCUACUUGAAGCCUGAAGUGGUACAACUCAAAGACAGGUUUAUUCAUUGAGAAAUAAUUGUUUCUUUGAAACAAUUGAAGGAAAAUGUUUUAGGUCUUGGAUGCUGUGACAAUAUUAAGUUCCUCAAACAAGUGGCCCUUUUCUUCCAUUGCUUUCCCCAUCUGCUUUUGAAGUGGAUGAGCUUUAAAAUAUUGGGUGUGCUUUCUUCAAAUGUCUGCCUUAUGUGAUGAAGCUAGGCUUCUGUAACCAACUUGUCAAUAUGAGAGGUGGAUAGAUAACUUUUACUGUUAGAUUGGCUUAGAAUCUAGGCCUGGCCCUUAAGGGAACCAGCACAUAUCUAAGAAUUGGAAAGUAAGAAAUGAGGCUUUGGAAUCAUGGAUUUUUAUUCAAAAUUGUGCCUGUGACUUAAAGCAAAAUUAUUGUAUCACCAUAGUUCUUGGGGUUGUUUUUAUUUUUUUGUUUUUAUUUUUUUGCUGAUUCUGGCAUUCCCAACAAAGAUUACUUAGAACUGUAAUUUCAUUUAUUCAGUGUUGUCAAACUGUCCCAAUAGGGGGAGGGGGGAUUGCAAAACAUUUUUUUACAAGUCAACAAUGAAAUAAAUUGAGAAGCAGAUCCUAAAUCUAUUAAAUUUCAAUUAAAAUCUGUCUGCUGAUUACACUUGCAAUUAAUGAGGACUUGCAUUAUAUUUACCGGUAUUUCUCUUGAGAGCUUUGAGAAGCCUACAGGACUUUAAAUGUAUUUUUCUAAUCCUGAUAUAUCUCUUUAAAGUAUACUGAAGAAAGAAUGUAAUUCAGUAUCACUGAAUAAAUAUGCUAUUCCCUAAGAUCUUCAGUUUGGGGUGAUUUUGUCCCCCAACAACUUGGAAAUUGGAAGUUUCUCCCAAAUUGAACUGCUAAAGCUUUAGUUCCCAACAUCUGACAUCGCUGAUGCUGUUUUGUUUAAGUGUACCACAUUUGGCCCCCUUUUUUCCUAAUUAUGACUUUGAGCAUUUGUGUCCUGAAUUUGAUUGCAUAUCACCUAUAUCACCAUUAAAUAGAGUGAGCAAAUCACAAGCAAAUGAUGACCAGUUGGUUCUGCCCUGGUUCUUUGGUUAGUAUUUGUUCUGUUAUAAUAGCAUAAAUUCAGAUAAACAUAAAAAAUAAUAAAUGGCACCUAAGGAAUCCAGGGCAAGGGUGGGUGAGAAAGAAUGUUUACUCUGUAUUAAAAGCCUAUUUAAAUUUUAGCAAUAAAAUCUGUCCUCCUGGCUUCCUUCCUAGCAAAAUCAAGCAGUUAAAGAGAAGGAUAUGCCUAUUUGAGUAAGCACAUUGAGUAGGUACUAAAGCCAUUAUUUCAUCUGCAAGAGUCUCUUUUAACAUUUACAAACUCAUUGGUCCUUCACUUAGAUUAUAUUUCUCCUAUAAGGGUUUAUUGGAUUAUUUCUAAUUCUAUUUUUUGGUCUGUGUAUGUGUGUGUGUGAUCAGCAAAUUCACCUCACUUUUUCACUUGAAUGAUGUAUAUGCAAAUAUACAUGAACCCAGUAAGAAAUAAACAGUGGCAUAUAUGUAACUGCUUCUACUUUAUCAAAUAUGCCCAUGUAUUAUUAUUCCAUAUUCCAAUACUAUUCUUCCAUUCAUCCUAUGGAAGAAUAAUAUUUAAAAUUUUGUGCUGGAGGCCUCAAACGUUUGGGAUUUUAUUUUCCUCAUCCCUAAUUCCUGAUUGCUGAAGCAACCCACUGGUGUGAGCCUUGAGGAGCACCCUUUCUUUGGCUACUGCUACCAGUGGCAUUCUUCCCAGACUCUUGACUACAUUAGGUACAUCUAUUUUUGCACAUUUAUGUCCACCAAAUUAUUUCAUUCAGAACUGCAUAUAGUACUUAUUUGGGGGAAUUUCUUUUUUGUCUUUAAAAAAAUAUUUUAUUUUUUGUUGUUACCUCAAAAUUGCUUUUAAAGGGGUAGUGUAGGAAAGACCAAACACAAUUUGUGGCAGGAUAGUAUAUGUAUAUAUUGAUAUAUAUGCUGGUUAAAAACCUACUAAAAUUAGACUAUUGUCUGUUUAACUAUCCUGUGAUGAGACUAAUGCAGGGAAUACUUAGGAAGGUUUUUUUUUUCCUUGUUCUGGAAUUUAGGAAGCCAUUCUUGUAUUUCUCUUUGACUUGACUUGGAUGCUGUUCCAGUUCCUUAUGUUGUUUUUAGCUUGUUUUCUCUCUUAAACUAGUCAGUAGAAAUAGUGGGAGGAGAUAGAUGGUUGCUGAAAAGAAACUGGGAUAAUGAUAUAAUUUCCUUUCCCUCAGUGGUUCCUGAAAUUAGAAAAAUAGGAACAGAAUAAAAAAAAACCAUUGUAUUAAACCAAAGGUGUGCGUAUUUCAGUUUUGUAUGUUUACAUAAUUUUAAUAGAGUUAUUUUUCAGGGUGAACGACAGAAAUCCUACUCUGAAAAAAAAACCUAGGAUUUUGCCCCAUACUCUGAAUUGCUGGUUGCCCUGAUCCACAUAAAUGUGGAAAUACUCCAUAAUUUGCAGGGGGACAUUUUGUUUGUUUUUCCAGAUUUAGAUAUAUUCCAAAGUGCUGAAGGUUUGUCAUUUUGGAGUCCUCUUGUUGUUUUUUAAUAACCAUGUUGUUCUACUAUAGAAAUAAGAUUUGAAGACCCAUUUCUCCACCCUUCAUUUUGACGGGAUGCUCUAUGAAACAAUGUUUCUCUGGGCCCUCCCAAAGAGUUGAGGCUCUGCUUCACUUGGCAUUCUUGUCUUCCAAAUCUCUCAACUGAAUCUCAGGUGGCAGGAAAACACCCAAGAACCAAUGAUUGGUGACUCUCGAAUUGUAUCAGCGUAAGUUCAGCAUGAGCCAGCGGGUCUCUGAUCUCACUGAAUGAAAAUGGGAGGUUAACAUGCAAUGAUCUGAUUUUCUCAUUUGUAAUAUUUUAUGUUGGCCCCAAGGGGCUUCUUCUAAUUAAAUCUUCUCUGUUGCGAAUAGGUAUCUUCUCCCUCAUACUAGUCCCCAAUGUGUGGUGGGAAGGUGGGGGACACUGACAUGUCAGCACCCUGCUGUCAUUUCCUUUUCCUGCCACUCAGGAAGAUAUAAGGAAAGAGGCGAGACAUGCAGUGACCUUUAAUAUUGUGGGUUUUUUCUUCCUCACAUUUGUUGGUUUGAUGUGAUCAUCCUUUUAGCAGGUGGCAAGUCAGUGUGAAGUGAAAGAUUACUGGGAAGGAUGUCUGUAAUCCUUUGAUCCAUCCUCCUCUUACUGCUUCACACUGCCAUAUUUCCAUGCUGUAUAAAGGAAAUAGCAUUGCUGUGUAUUUGUAUUCUGGACUUCUGUGUGUCUGCUCUGGCAGACGGUAAACCCUUGUACAGUAGAUCUAGCUGCAUGUAAUCUGUAUGGACAAUGGCAUUAUAAAAUGCAAUAAAAUUAAAUUACCUAUGA